GGGGGCCGUGGAGUAACUUUCCAGAAAAACAGCCAACGUGUAGCAGGAGUAACUCCAAGAGGGGAAAAAAAGUUCAGUUACCACGUCGAAUGAGAGGACUCGCAAAGUAUUUUUCAAAUAGGCUCGGCUUUUCCUGUGCCUGUUUAAAACAUUAAAAUCGUGCAGCAAAAGAGGCUGCGUGCGCUGGUCCCUCCCUCCCCCACCCCAGGCCAGAGACGUCAUGGGAGGGAGGUAUAAAAUUUCAGCAGAGAGAAAUAGAGAAAGCAGUGUGUGUGCAUGUGUGUGUGUGAGCGAGAGGGAGAGGAGCGAGAGGAAGAGGGAGAAGGAGAGAGAAGCAGAGCCAAGUUCAAGGCAAUGAGCAAGAGGGGCGAGAGAUAGGGAAGCAGCAUGCGAAAGGAGGAGUAACCGAUUUCCGGAGCAGCAUGCAGUGAACUGGCUUCUAUUUUCUUUUUCUUUUUCCUUUUUAAAGAGCAGCAAGGGACAGAAGCAAUGGCCGAGGGAGAAGACAAGCCGAGGUGCGGGUGACCCCGGGCAUCCAAGUGGAUUAUUGGGACUGCUCUCCAGAGGCCUGUCCUCCCCGCCUUCCAAUUGCACAUAACCCCACGUCCCAGCCAAUGAAGACGAGAGGCAGCGUGAACAAAGUCAUUUAGAAAGCCCCCGAGGAAGUGUAAACAAAAGAGAAAGCAUGAAUGGAGUGCCUGAGAGACAAGUGUGUCCUGUCCUGCCCCCACCUUUAGCUGGGCCGGCAGCUGCCCAGCCCUGCCUCUCCCCACCUACUCACUGGUGAUCCGACCUUUUCUUUUCUUUCUUUUUUUUUUUUUAACAAUUUUUUUCCCUUUUCUUUUCCAUUCUCUUUUCUUAUUCUCCUUCAGGGCAAGACAAGGAUUUUGAUUUUGGGACCAAUCUAAGGUCUUUUUGCUCCUUUAAAAUACCCACUUUCUCCCCAUCACCAAGCGGCGUUGAGCAAUAUCAGAUAUCCGUUCUAUUUAUUUUUACCUAAGGAAAAAUUGCAGCUCUCUUCCCACUCCCAGCUGCCUUGCCUCCCCUCCCAGCCCUCUGCUUGCCCUCCACCUGGCCUGCUGGGAGUCAGAGCCCAACAAAACCUGUUGAGACACAUGGACAAGAAUCCCAGCGCUACGAGGCACACAGUCCGCUUCUUCGUCCCAGGGUUGCCAGCGCUUCCUGGAAGUCCUGAAGCUCUCGCAGUGCAGUGAGUUCAUGCACCUUCUUGCCAAGCCUCAGUCUUUGGGAUCUGGGGAGGCCGCCUGGUUUUCCUCCCUCUUUCUGCACGUCUGCUGGGGUCUCCUCCUCGCAAGGCCUCGCUGCCCCCCUGGCCUCUCUUCCCGGCUCGCCCAUGAAGAUGCACUUGCAAAGGGCUCUGGUGGUCUUGGCCCUGCUGAGUCUGAACUUUGCCACGGUCAGCCUCUCUCUGUCCACUUGCACCACCUUGGACUUUGGCCGCAUCAAGAAGAAGAGGGUGGAAGCCAUUAGGGGACAGAUCUUGAGCAAGCUCAGGCUCACCAGCCCCCCUGAGCCAUCGGUGAUGACCUACGUCCCCUAUCACGUCCUGGCCCUUUACAACAGCACCCGGGAGCUGCUGGAGGAGAUGCACGGGGAGAGGGAGGAAGCCUGCACUCAGGAAAACACCGAGUCGGAAUACUAUGCCAAAGAGAUCCAUAAAUUCGACAUGAUCCAGGGACUGGCCGAGCACAACGAGCUUGCAGUUUGCCCCAAAGGAAUCACUUCCAAGGUUUUUCGCUUCAACGUGUCCUCAGUGGAGCAAAAUGGAACCAACCUGUUCCGGGCAGAAUUCCGGGUCUUGCGGAUACCGAACCCCAGCUCCAAGCGCAAUGAGCAGAGGAUCGAGCUUUUCCAGAUACUCCGGCCAGAUGAGCACAUCGCCAAACAGCGCUACAUUGGUGGCAAGAAUCUGCCCACGCGGGGCACUGCUGAGUGGCUGUCCUUUGAUGUCACUGACACCGUGCGUGAGUGGCUGUUGCGAAGAGAGUCCAACUUAGGCCUGGAAAUCAGCAUUCAUUGUCCAUGUCACACCUUUCAGCCCAAUGGUGACAUCCUGGAAAACAUCCAUGAGGUGAUGGAAAUCAAAUUCAAAGGUAUGGACAACGAGGAUGAUCUUGUCCGUGGAGAUCUGGGGCGCCUCAAGAAACAGAAGGAUCACCAUAACCCGCAUCUAAUCCUCAUGAUGAUUCCCUCACACCGGCUUGACAACCCAGGCCAGGGGGGUCAGCGGAAGAAGCGGGCCCUAGACACCAAUUACUGCUUCCGUAACUUGGAGGAGAACUGCUGUGUGCGCCCCCUCUAUAUUGACUUCCGACAGGAUCUGGGCUGGAAAUGGGUCCAUGAACCUAAGGGUUACUAUGCCAACUUCUGCUCAGGCCCUUGCCCAUACCUCCGCAGUGCAGACACCACCCACAGCACGGUGCUGGGACUGUACAACACCAUGAAUCCAGAAGCAUCUGCCUCCCCUUGCUGUGUGCCCCAGGACUUGGAGCCCCUGACCAUCCUGUACUAUGUGGGGAGGACCCCCAAGGUGGAGCAGCUCUCCAACAUGGUGGUGAAGUCUUGCAAGUGUAGCUGAGACCCCGCCUGCGGCAGAGAGAGAGGAGAGGGAACUGCCAUGCCUGACUGCCCGCUCCUUGGGAAACACGAAACAACAGACCUCACCUAGAGGCCUGGGGCCCUCAACCUUCGGCUCCAGGCAAGAGGCAGAGAUGGAGGUCUCCUUUUGGGACAUUUCUCUUUCUUGCUGGCUCUGAGAAUCACUGUGGUAAAGAAAGUGUGGGUUUGGUUAGGGGAAGGCCGAACUCUUCAGAACACAUAGAUUUUCUGUGACGCAGACAGAGGUGGUGGGGAGAGAGGAAAAGGACGGCAAGUUGACAUAUCUAAUGGCAGUUGGCUUUGGGCUACCGUAGGGAGGAAGAAAGGCAGAGAAUGGCCGGGUCAGGGCCUGACUGGAAGACACUUGGGAUCUGAGCUCAGAUUUGCUCAUUGCUGUACCAUGUCCGCUCUAGAGAAUCUGGAUUACGUUACAGAAGACAAGUUUCUUCAGACGGGUUACCAUCACAAAGUCCCAGAGUUGUAUCUCAUACUGCCUGGGAUUAAGGACAUAGUUGUUAUUUUUGCAAAUUGUCUUCCUUACACCAAUCAGCAGCCUGGGUCAUUACUGGGAGAAAAUCCAGGUAAUGUUCCCCGGCCAUCAACUACAUUGGGCCCUAGAUAUGCUGAACUACAAAGUCAGGGGUGGGAACUAACCCUCUCCUGGCUGCUCUCUGGGUCCCUCCUCUCGCCUUCUUCCUCAGUCCUAUUUCCCCCUGGAUGUUUGGCUAGAUACUUUCUGGUCAGGAUGCAUAUACCUGGAUUUGGGGGUCCAUGCAGCCAUGGGGCAUUCUGGGUUCUUCCCUUCUUAUCCCUCAAGACCCUGUGUUUAUCUGGUCUUCCUGGAAGCAGGUGCUACAACAUGUGAGGCAUCCGGGGAAGCUGCAUGUGUGUCACACAAUGACUUGGCCCCAGACGCAUAGACUGAGGUAUAAAGACAAAUACAAAUAUUACUCUCAAAUCUUUGUAUAAAUAAAUAUUUUCGGGGACUCUUGGAUGAUUUUAUCUUCUGGAAGAUUGUUUCUGGAACAGUAAAAGACUUAUUCUAAGGUAUACGUCUGACUUGAUAUGUAUCCUCAAUUAUCCUUUUCUUAAUUCCAUGUUCACAUCUACUAAUCAGAAGUGAAGAAACUCUCAGACAUCAAAUAUACUACUUUGCGUGAAUGCCCUGUGCCCCUUCCUUCUUGCAGAGUGUAUCCUCAGACACACAGAGGCAGCAGCUCAGAGUUACACAAAGCAAGCAAACUUCACCUCCAGAUUACUGUAGGUGUACUCUCCUGGUAUGGACCCUUACACAUGGAAAUGUGGUUGUACAUUACCUAUAACUGACCACCAU